AAAACCCCUUUCUAAAUAGAUUUAGGGUUUCUCUGCUCUUCUCUUUUACUUUAUCUCUUUCUCGUUCUGCAUACUAAAAUCUUGAUUUGAUUCUCUGCAAAACGCAAAAUCCAAGUCUCCAAAUUCGAAAGAAAUGGAAUCAAAUGGAAGUGAAUCAACUGGAAUCCUCCGCGAAAUUGAAACCUUAAAGACCGAGAAAAGCAAUAUAGACAAUCGAAUUGCAGCUCUUGAAGCUCAACUCCGUCAAAUUAAUCUCCAAAACGACACUGCUUCAUCUAACGGUUCAUGUCCUUUAAUUUCCACCAAUGAUUCUGGUCUAAGCCAUGCAUUAUCGUCUGAUAUGAUUUAUCGUUACAGUCGUCAUCUUUUGCUGCCUUCUUUUGGAAUUCAAGGGCAGUCAAAUCUGUUAAAGUCUUCUAUUUUAGUUGUUGGAGCUGGAGGAUUGGGCUCUCCUGCUUUGUUAUAUCUGGCAGCUUGUGGUGUUGGUCGGUUGGGUGUUGUUGACCAUGAUGUUGUUGAACUAAAUAAUAUGCACAGACAGGUUAUACAUACUGAAGCAUUUAUUGGUCAGCCAAAAGUGAAAUCUGCUGCUGCUGCCUGUCGCUCGAUCAACUCUACUAUUCAGAUUGUUGAACACCAAGAAGCUUUACGCACAUCCAAUGCCUUGGAAAUUUUUAGCCAAUAUGACAUAAUAGUAGAUGCAACAGAUAAUGCUCCAAGCCGUUACAUGAUUAGUGAUUGUUGUGUAGUGUUGGGAAAGCCUCUUGUUUCAGGUGCUGCAUUGGGAUUGGAAGGGCAGCUCACGGUCUAUAAUUACAAAGGAGGUCCUUGCUAUCGGUGCCUUUUUCCAACCCCACCUCCUUCAACUGCAUGCCAAAGAUGUGCUGAUAGUGGAGUUCUAGGAGUUGUUCCUGGCAUUAUUGGCUGUCUUCAAGCACUCGAGGCCAUUAAAAUUGCAAGUGACAUAGGCGAACCACUAUCAGGAAGGAUGCUACUAUUUGAUGCAUUGUCAGCACGAAUUCGAAUUGUCAAGAUUAGGGGUAGGUCAUUACAAUGCGAAGUUUGUGGAGAAAAUUCAGCAUUUACCCAAAAGCAAUUUAGAGAUUUCGAUUAUGAGAAGUUCACUCAGACUCCAUUGUCAAUGGCUCCCUUGAAGUUGGACCUGCUUCCAGCAGAUUCCAGAAUAAACAGUAGAGAGUUCAAUGAGAAAGUGAUUAAAGGGGAAACACAUGUCUUGGUAGACGUACGCCCUGCUCACCAUUUCAAGAUUGUUGCUCUUCCCAACGCCCUAAAUAUACCACUAUCUAGUCUGGAAGCCAGGUUGCCUGAAAUCUCUUCAGCUUUGAAGGAAGAGGGAGAGCGCAGGGGUGUUGAUUCAGAAUCAGGUGUGAACUUAUAUGUAGUAUGUAGAAGAGGAAACGAUUCACAAAGAGCUGUUCAAUUAUUACACAAGAAAGGCUUUAGUAUAGCCAAGGAUAUCAUUGGGGGCAUAGAGGCCUGGGCACAUGAUGUAGAUCCAAAUUUCCCUACCUAUUAGUUGCCGAACGCAUCAUUUUUGUAAAAUUAUUUUCAACUCUGUUUGCAAAUUUUUGACUUUACUUAUCUGUGCCAGUGGUGUACUGAUUCUGAUUCUUAAAAAGGAAGUUAUAAAGAAUGAAAGGCAAGAGGUCUCUCUA